UCCGGGGGGAGGAGCGGGGGCCGCGGGCGCCAUCGGAAGUGCGGCCGUGACACCUCCCCACGCGGGGCCGCUUCCGCUCCCACCCGCGGCGGCGGAGGCAGCGCACCGAGCCCGGGGCGGCGGCAGGAGACCAGCGAGAUGUUUGCUGUCUGCCCGCCCGGCGCCCCGGCGAACGCCCCGUUCCGGCAGGGCCGGGGGGGCCUGGCGCUGGGCACAGCCCACCCGGGGGCCGGGUGCGGGCAGGACUCCAACUCCAACUUUGUGGGAGAGGUGUGCGACAGCAAUGAGAACUGGAGCCGGCCAGCGCCGGGGUCCCCGCCGGAGGAGGGGUCCAGCCAGAACGAAAACACGACAAAUCCGUCCGAUAAUCUGCUGUUAUUAAUGCAGAGACAGAUGGUCCAGGGCCAGCUUAGGGACGCCGCCCCGAGCCCGGGCGCCACGCGGCCGCGUCUCCCCGAGCCGGGGGUGCGCAGCCCCCCCGAGGGAGCGGAGGUCGGCAGGGCGGGGGGCCAAAACGCUGCCGCCGAGGAGCCGGCCGGGGGAUGUGGCAAGCCCCUGAGCUCCCCCGCGGAGGACAACGGCUACGCCAGCAGCUCCCUCAGCAUCGACAGCCCCGACAGCACCUGCGGGAGCACCUGGGACCCUCCCACCGCUGCCCCCCUCCCCAGGAGCCCACCCCAGCCGGGGGUGGCCGAGCCCGAGCUGGGGACCCUCUUCCCGGCGCUGGCAGAGGCCGUGCAGCACCUCCAGGACAAGGAGCGCUUCAAGGAGCGGGAGAAGGAGAAGCACCACAUCCAGCUGGUGAUGUACCGGCGCCUGGCCCUGCUGCGCUGGAUCCACGGCCUCCAGCAGAAAGUCGUGGACCAGCAGAACCGGCUGCAGGAGAGUUUCGACACCAUCCUGGAUAACCGCAAGGAGCUCAUCCGCUGCAUGCAGCAUGGCCCGGUGUGCCCCGCUGGCGCGGCUGCCUCCAGCCCCUGAGGUGCCGCCGGUGCUGCCCCGUCCCAGCUCUCGCCCUCCCGGCUGGCGUGGGGCUGGCUGGCCGCGUCUCUGUGCCGCACGCCGGUGCAGGGCGCUCGCUGGGCACCUGGGUGCCGCCCUGCCCUUCCCAUCUCUCUCCAGCGUAGCUGAGAGUCCCCGAAGCAUUCAUCUCAAUUUUCCCUCUGCAUGGGAAUUAAUUUUCUUCUGCACCGUGUCCCACCGGUCUGGGGACCGUGCGGCGUCGGGCUGGGUAGACCUCGGGACCUUGGAGUUUGCUGAGCCUGGGGUGACGAGGCUCAUCCUUUAGAUCGAAAUUAUGGUCCUUUGUGCGAGCCCAGCUGAGCCGCGCGUGCCGGGACGGGCCCUGCGGUGAGCUCUCCCGCCUGGCAGGGAGAGCCUCGGGGCAGCGAAGCUUUUAAACGUACCUGGGCAAAGCACUUCAGCAAAGCACUUCAGCGCGCGCUCAGGCACAAGCACGAGCUCACUUCAUCCCCCGCAUCGCACCCGUGCCGGUGUGCGCCCGUACGGAAACAACCCAGCCACCGUUAAACAUCGCUCGUGCUGUCAGUGCGAGCAAGGUGUCCUGAGCUGUUCCUCUGGUGCACCGCCUAACGAAGCACAGAAAAGCUUUGCAGAUAAGAUCUAAACUCAUGCAGAGAGACAGAGAGAGAGGAAAAAAAAACCAACCCAUUCUGAAAAGUGACCUCAGAAUGCUUAAAAGUAAAUUUAAGUGUCAACUUACUAAAAUCCAAUAUACUUUUUUUAGAUUCAGUAUUAGAGAAGAGUUAAUUUAGAUUUUUCCUUACAGCCGGCGUGUAUAUAUGCACAUCUGUCUGUCGCAGGAGAUGCUUUAACACAUUGCAUGAUCAGGAAGCUGCUUGCAAACUUGUGCUGUUGCUGUUUAUAUUAAUUUAUCAUUUGAAAGCAAAGAGAGUAUUUUUUUCUAAUCUACAUUUUAUCCAGUGAGGACUGCAUACAGAGUACAAAGAACAGUUGUCUUAAAUAGAGAUUAAAAAGGAGAUGCUGUGUGUGUUUGCUGUAUUUUACUAAGUGUUAACAUGACAUGUAUUCUAAGUUGCCGAUGUGGAAGGAGCAGCAGCGGGGUGGUUUUGCUGCAAGCCGCGGGCUCAGCCGGGAGGGGACCUGCUCCCCGUCCUGCCCGGAGUCGCUGUGCAAAGCCAGGCACUAAUUUCGUUUCUUGCCUGCAAAAGGCGGGUGAUGAGGGAUUUCAGAGUGGCUGCGUGCCCCCAGCCAAACCUCUCCCUGCCGUCGGAGGAGCGGAGCUGAGAGGCGCCUGCGACUCUGCUGGGACCCCGCUCUGGUGCCCUGCGGGGUGCAGUGCCCGGCCGGCUGGCACAGCCCCACAGCAGCCUGGGCAGAUCCCGGCUUCCACCGACCGCUAGAAGUUACCGCGCUGCAAAUAAAUAACCACGGCUGAGCCCACCAGCGACUGCGGGGCCAGGGGCUGCACCGAACCUCCUCCCGUCCCGCACCGGGCACAGCCGGGCUCUGCUCCCGCUCCGGGCUGCUGCCGCUCGUAGGUAAAGUGAGGAGACCUGCGAAACUCUGCUUCUGAAAAGGACGUUUUGGUGGUGAAGGGUACGCUCGGCUCAAAGCGACCUGUGCCGGCGUCUGCACUGGCGCUGGGGGCCGGAGGAGCCUGGCAGCAUCCCUGCAAGGCUCGCGCUGCCUCGCCGCCCUCCCGCUCGCUCGCGUCCUGCGCCUGCUGCCUGUGUCGUAUCCCAGACGUGUGAUCGUGGGCGUGUUGCACACCUUAAUAAAAGCCUUGGAGGUGGAAGAGCUGA